AUGGUGCGGCUGCACGUGAAGCGCGGCGACGAGAGCCAGUUCCUGCUGGAGGUGGCCGGCAGCGCCCGUCUCGCCGACCUGGCGCCCCUCGUCGCCCGCAUCUACAACGGGCGGCUGAAGGUGCAGCGCCUCUGCUCAGAGAUGGAGGAGCUGGCAGAGCAUGGUGUUUUCUUGCCUUAUAAUAUGCAAGGACUGACAGAGGAGCAAAUCGAAGAACUGAAGUUAAAGGAUGAGUGGGCAGAAAAGUGUGUACCAAGUGGUGGAAGUGUCUUCAAGAAGGAUGAAAUUGGGCGAAGAAAUGGACAUGCUCCAAAUGAAAAAAUGCAGCAAGUUAUAAAGAAGACAAUAGAGGAAGCCAAGGCAUUAAUCUCUAGGAAACAAGUUCAGGCCAAUGUGUGCGUUAAUAUGGAGAUGGUGAAAGAUGCAUUGGACCAGCUCCGAGGGGCUGUGAUGAUUGUGUAUCCAAUGGGAUUGCCUCCACAUGAUCCAGUUAGGAUGGAGUUUGAAGAUAAAGAAGACUUGUCAGGAACUCAUGCUGGACUUGAAGUCAUAGAAGAAUCAGAAGCACAAUUAUGGUGGGCAGGAAAGGAGUUGAAAGAAACAAAGUUGCUCUCUGACUAUGUAGGCAAAAAUGAGAAAACAACCAUCAUUGUCAAGAUACAGAAAAAAGGACAAGGAGCUCCAGGGCGUGAACCUCUGAUUAGUCAUGAAGAGCAAAAACAGAUGAUGCUGUACUACUACAGAAAGCAGGAGGAACUUAAGAAACUAGAAGAGGAUGACGACGACUCAUUUCUAAAUGCUGAGUGGGCAGACAACCAUGCUUUGAAAAGGCAAUUCCAUGGUGUAAAAGACAUCAAAUGGGGUCCAAGAUGAAGCUCUGCAAAUACCUUUUUGCCUCUUUAAGCUGUUUGGUUGAUACACUUGUUUGCAACAAGGAGUUGUGUUGUGUGCGGUAGAUGCUGCCUACAAAAGCUGAAAUUGUCACUUCCAUAGCAGAUGCCUGUUUCAGCCUUAGGAUUUCAAUAAAUGUUUACAUUUCUAUGUAACUGUAGCAGCACUUGUCUCUGCAAAGAACAGAAUCAAUCCUGUUGAAGUUUGUUAUUUUAUUAGAAACUUGUAAUUUGAAUAUUGAAAUAUUAACCUGUUUCAUAGAUAAUAUAUCUAGCAAAUAUGCACUAGAAUGUUUGGUAUUGUUUUGUGUGGUCUUUAUACUUCCUUCCUGAUUCUUGCAUUUCUU